AUGUUUGUCUUAGGCAUGGUUUUGAUACACAGAUAUAUAGAUGCUGCAUAUUCCCUACUGAUAUUGGGCUUGGCAACUGACAAAUGUAAUGCAACCAAUAGCCCGUCCAUGGCUUAUCUUAGUGCCAUUAUCGUCUACCUUUAUGCUCAUGACUUUCAGCAAGCAGAGAAAUGUUAUAAUGAUUGCUCUCAGAUUGAAGCUUUUCUCAAAAGUGACCACAAUUAUUGCGCUAGCAAGUUUCUUGCUGCUUACACUAAUGGAGACGUCGACGAAAUCAAAAAUAUUGCUCAGUCUAAGAUUGUUUCCCAUCUUGACCAUGUUGAAGGUGUGAAAUCGCGAUUCUGCAAGAAGGUCCAAAAGAAGAAAACAAGUACAUUUGGCAUAUCUCGAGGUUCAGGUUGA